AAACUGUGAGAAUCUGUCUUCAGUCGCGCACAGCCGGUUGUUCAUUCACCAACGUGAGAUACUCGCUGAUUCACAAGCUGAAUAUUUUUACGAGUUGACAAGACAUCGUAAGCUAAUUCACUGGCUGUCAAGAAAAUUAUCGAAUUUUCAAAUUUAUUUUUCCGUUAAUUCUUCGGUCUUUUUCUUUAUUAUCGUACGAUAAAUUUUGUGAAACUCGAAUUGAAAGUUAUCUUGAUGUAUCAGUGAUAGUUUUGAGACUAUUUCUGGGAGAAGUGAGUGGAAGAUAUCAGGAGAGCAGACGAGUGAACCAAGUAGUUCAAUUAUCUUUUAGUAGAUUAGUAUUAAUUAAGAAAAUGAGAAACACACCGGAGAAACAACUGUCCUGGUUCACCUUACUCCUAACAGCAUUUUAUUCCUUGCUGGCUAGCUGUCGUGGAGAGGACUGCGGCCGUGAGGAACUCGCCAGCUGUGCCAGACCACUCGGUAAAAUUACAAACGACAAUGAAGUGGGUUUUGUCUCAACCAAGGAGGAACUGACUGCACUCUGCCCGGACCUGGAAGGGAGUAUGAAGUGCAUCAAGUGGUAUACACUGCGGUGCAUGGUAGGAGAUCAGAGAGAGAAUUUCAAUAGUAUUUACAAAGGUGUUAAUAUGGCAAUCAUUGAGCUCUGCCACGACGGACCAUAUCAGGAUGCAUUUCUCAAGCACGCUCCAUGCAUGCAGAUUGUCCAAGCCGACUACGAAAUAUGUUCCAAAAAAUACCAGCACACGGUACUAGCACUUGACAAGAAGAACCAAACGAGGUCUAGUGAACCACUCAAGUCAAUAUGCUGUGCUUUCCAAGAGUAUCUCGAGUGCUCGCAUCAUAUUGUACGCAGGAAGUGUGGUGAAGAAACAGCGGAAUUUUCGAAAAAUUUUCUGGAUCUUAUGGCCAACUCUUUGAUCAAGAUGCACUGUACCCGCUAUACGCACGAGGAGUGUGCCUCCCAUUCAACAGCAUCAUAUAUCUCCAUCAAUGGUCUCCUCCUGCUGGUAGUUGGACUGAUAUCCCGAUACUUUACGUAAAAUUACCAACUACCAAGCAACUCUUCGAAAUCAAGUAGCAAAAGUGCCUCUGCUCUCCGUCGUCCUCCAUCAGCAUUGAAUCUCGACUCUGUUGAAACAAAAACUCCAUUUGGAGGAGUCAAUCAGGCUGACGAUCUCAAAGGAAGUACCAGAAUUUCUGUCCCAAAACAUGAAUGUUCUGUGACAGAACUCAUAGAAAAGUAUCAUGAUGGCUCGUGUGCCAAUAAAUCAACGAAUGAAUGAAGAAAUGAGUUAGAAUAAACGCCGGAUGAACGGUGCAAAUAGUUAAUUAUCACGUUUCCAAGGAUUAGGUUAGAGAAAUUCAUUUUUAGAAUUAAGUUUAAUUCAAUAUUGAACCGCUUGUGUGCUAUUCAUCAUCUAAAAAGUCUGAAAAAUAGGGGAGUGAAAGAAUUCCAAAUGGGGCGGGGAGGGGAGGGGGGUCUUACUAGGGGGAGAAUAACAGGGGAGGGAAGCCUUGCCAAUCGAGUCCUGGUAAACUUUUCUGUUCAUUAACUUGUCCUUCUAACUUCACGUCUUCAUUGACUCUAUUCGUUCUUCUUCAUUUAUCUUGCACCCUCAAAGCGAAAACUUUUCCGCGAAUCUCUCUCAUUUUAUUCAACGAGCUGUAAGCUUUUAUCAUUUUACUUUUUUCUCAACAUUUUUUUUUCCUUCCUCCUCUUAUUUAGCUACCCCCGUUCUCAGUUUAUUUUUCACCGUAAGAAUAUUUCAGAGUUUUUCCCAGCAUUUAGAAAUGUGUAUACCGUGUAUAAUAGUAAAAAAUCACGAGGAAGAAUGGCAAGUACCAUCGGUUAAGUUCACUGAUUUGUGCUUCUCAAUCGAAGCCCCGUAUUUGAAUGGUUUGUCGAUUUUUUUCAUUUUCAUAGUGAAUGAUUAAGAAUGUUAUAAAAAAUGCAGAAGUGAUGGUUUUGGGGGACAGGCCUGAAUGUAUACGUGUGACCACUCGGGUUUUAGAUGAUUAAUUGUUCCAAAUUUAGCAUUACAUCAACUUCCGCCCGAUCGGUCCAGUAGUGCCUGAGAUCCAACAACUUCGUUAAAUUUGGUUUGUUCUCGGUAUCUCAAAAUCUACUUCACCGAUUUGAUUUAUUAUUCAAAAUACUCGUCACGGCUGCCACUAUCUAGAUCAACCAAAAUAGAUUGAUAUGGACAACGUUUGGAGAUAUUACCGAUGUUUCGUGGUUCAUGAAAAAUAUAUUUGACACAAGAGCUUGAAAAAAUGGAAAUAGCAACUUGAAGUUAGAUAGGUCAACAGUUAUAAUAUUAAAGUUGGCAUUUGGGAUGAGGGAAAUCGGCCGAGUGGUUUAUUUCGUGUAAAUGUAUUUCUUCAAUUUAUGAAUUACUAAGCUGAUUUUAUUUUCUCUCCAAAGUAGUCGUCGCCUCAGCCACUAUCGAGGUCAAUUGAAACAUCUAUCCAUUUUUUAUAGUUUUCCAGAUAUUUCUUGUUUUCGUUUUUUAAAUUUUCUAAUUCUUGUACCUACAAUAACAGGAAGACAACUGGGAAUAGCAAAGGGAAGUUCGGUACGAUUAUAGUACCGAGAAUACCGAGGGUUAAUAGUUUGGAUACGCGCAAGUUGUCAAACAGUUCUGAAGAUAUUUAAUUUUUUAUUUAAAAGAUUGAACGUUUUCCUGCAGAUACCCGGUAAUGGCUGAAUGUAUAUUAGACAAGUAGGUACUCGCUAUAGAUCCGUUUGAAAGCUUACUACCAAUAGAAUUGGUAGAGAUACAAAAAAAAAGAAGUAAUGACAGAAGAAGUAUCGAUCACAUGCCUUUUGUCACAUGGGCUCCUACCCCUACCUAUUUUUUUUUCUAGUUAUCUCUCGAAACAAAUCACAGUUGCUUCUAUUGAAAGGCGUUUUUGUUUUGCGAGGUUAUUCUUGCUUUAUAUUCUCAUGUAUUUCUUUUAAGAAUCAAGGGAGGCGACAGGGUCUUGUAUAUCUAGAUGAGCUGACUUUCGUCUUCUCGACCCCAUUUCUAUGUUCUAUUGUCUCUUCCAAUGAACAAUCAAUUCACUGUGUAAAUGUCUUCAACAUUGUACUGAGUUUGUUAGUGAGUUCAUUAUUGACCAUUUUUGGCUGAAAUUUUUUGUUGUAGUAGCACUGAAAUUUUUGCAAUUGUCACUUCCAGUUCAAUUGUUCCAUGAACACUGAUGAAAGUUGCCAAAAUUCACGUGGUGCUGCCGCUGAUUGACGUGAACAAUUUUAUACCGAAUAAUUAAUUACAUAUUUCGGCUAUGCUACAGAGAUCCCUCACGAUAUGCAAUUUCUGAAAACUUCUUUUCUUGUCUUAUUGAGUAUUAUCAUGUCAAUGAAAAAACGUUUACUCCGGGGAGAAAGAAGGAGGAAGUCGAAAUCUCGAUGCUACUUUUCCCCCAAAUUUACCAAUAAUACUUGGUGGGGCAAGGAGAAAAAUAACCAGAUGUUUUUUUGUCCGGAUUCGAGAGUUUCUUCUCUCUUCUUGGGAGUUACUUGGGUCGAUCGAUUGGUGGUAGCUCAGUCUAUUGACGCGGUUGAAUGUACACAAUGGGAAAUAGAGAGAAGGAGUUUAUCCGAUUUUGUUAGGGGAUGAGUUAUUCAAGCACAAUUUCACACACUUAGACAACAAAAUUACGGGAACGAGUUACUCCACUUUCUAGUUUUGAGGGGAUACACUAUUGAAUUUUCUUAUUACAAGCUUUAACAUUAAAGAUCGUACAUUUUAACAUAUGCGUUCACUUGAGAAAAUAUAUAUUUGCUGCCAUGAAAGAUUCAAUUAUAGUGAAAAAUUACAAGUACUUCAAAAAUUAAUUUUUCACUUUAUGACAUUUCGAUGUGAUUAUCUAACAAUGAAAAUUUAUGUCGAGUGUUCAGUUCAUUGUGCUAAUGCAGAAGUGUCCCCAGACACAAAGUGGAUAAUUCGAUUCAUUUGAAUGGUAUUUAAUUUGGCGGUUCGAUAAAUUAAAAUUUGUAAAAUAUUUAUUGAUAUAACGUAUUACAUCGCUGAGUACGUAACUCUUUCAGUGAUUUUUUAUCUGCCGAAUUUUCAAAUCUCAGUGACGUAUUCCCUGAAUUAUCGUCCGAAUGCAUUGAUUGUUCAACACGGGGAAGACUACACAAAUAUUACAAUUGAACGCACAUAUGUAAAUAAUGUUGUGCUCAUUAAUGUUUAUGAAAUUUGAGCGUAUGAAUAUUGAGUGAAUAGAAAAGUAGAUGAUGUAGUAAAUAUUUCACCUUGAAAUCGCCUUUUAUUGUGUUUCUUCGAAUGGAGGGUCGAUCUAUAUUUUUUUCGUUGGCCCCAAAUCUUAAGUAUUAUAGUAUGCAAAGUUGGUCUGUACCUUUUACUCAUAUUAAUGUUGAAUAGCUAAUAAAUAACUUAUGUACAAGACGCAGGAACAACGGAAUGAGAGUAAAUAGAACGGGAGGGUGGUACGCUUGCACUUCCAUGUAGGAAGUUGCAGUUUGCGUAAACAUUAAGGAAUAAAAAAACAUGUAAAAUAGGAAAUAAAAUGCAAUUUGCGUAAUAGCUCCUGCAUUUUACAUACAGUAUUUAUGCGUGCGCGUCUGAAGAAAAACCAUUGAAAAAUAAAAUUAUCAUGGAACAGCUGUUGCUGUACUUUUAUCGACAUCUGUAAACCGAAAAGAGAAAAAAAAUUAUAAUUUAUUUGUAAUAUAGCCAUGAAAGUUUGUAAAUAGAAUUGUCAAUACUCAAGGGGAAAAAUUCUUUGAGAGUUAUAGUUGUAAAAUUUAAGAUAUUUACAAUAAAACGAUUAUUUUCAUUCA